AUGAUCACACCAUAUGGGAGGUACAGAUGGUCAAGACUGCCUUUUGGACUAAGUGUAAGUGGAGAAAUAUUCCAGAAGAAGUUAACAGAAGCAUUGUUAGGAUUAGAACGAUGCAUUAAUGUGGCUGAUGAUAUCGUGAUUGUGGGAUGUGUAGAGAAACAAGACCAGAUAAGUUUCAUGGGACACUGCAUUAGUGUGCAAGGCAUAAAGCCUGACAUAAAGAAGAUCAAAGCUAUUCUGGAAAUGAAGAAACCAGAAAAUAGCCAGGAAGCAAGAAAACUAUGUGGAAUGGUGCAGUAUUUGUCAAAAUUUUUGAACAAUCUAGCAGAAGUGUCUCAACCAUUAAGAGAACUAACAAAGAAAGAUUGCAAUUUUAGAUGGACUGAAAAAUGUGAAGAGGCAUUCAACAUGAUAAAAACAAUGAUUACAAAUACUCCAGUCCUUAUAUUCUACAACCCUGACAAGAAACUUGAAAUACAAGUGGAUAGUAGUCAACAUGGACUUGGAGCUGUACUAAUGCAAGAAGGACAACCAAUAGAAUUUGCCUCUAGAGCAUUGACACCAACUGAAAAACGGUGGGCUCAGAUUGAAAAAGAACUACUUGCGUGGGUAGAAGGAAACAGUUUACACAUUGCUGACACAUUAUCACGACUGUGCAAUCAAGAGGAGAAGAAAGUUUUUAACAUAUUCCAGACACAUGUUGUGGACAUACCGGAUCCUAUGCGUCAAGAAAUGAAGAAAAACCUGCACACAGCACACAUUGCAUAUGAUGGAAUGAUGAGGAGGGCCCGACAGACGAUGUUCUGGCCUGGCAUGGCUGAUGAAAUAAAGCAGAUGGCAGAGACAUGCAGUGCUUGUCAAGAAAGAAAACCUAUUAACCAGAGAGAAACACUUAUACAACAUGAUGAAUUAAAUGUACCAUGGGAAAAAGUUGGAGCUGACCUGAUGGAAGUGGAUGGAAGACAGUCAAUCAGGGAACAACCAUCUCCAAGAUCUUAUAAGAUCAAGGGAGAUAAUGGAGGAUUCUACAUACGCAACAGAUAUCAUAUUAGGCCAAGGAAAACUAUUUUGAAAGACACUGAUGUAUAUGAUGGGAAUGUCUUGGAUGAUGAUGAUGAUAAUGAGAGGCCAGAUUUUUCUGAUAACUGUUCUCAACAUUCAGCACAGUCUGGAGUAGUUUCUCAUGUACCAGACAAUAAUUGUGAUAGAAAUAUGCCAGCAAGAACUAGCACUCGAGAAACAAAUAGACCUGUGUGGCAUAGGGAUUAUGAUAUGUACUAA